UUAUCCGUUAAUGGCUAUAUAACAUUCGCAACCGUGCUGGAUCAAGGUCCAACAAUCAAUGUUGGAGUUGAAAGUACAGACUGGCCGAAACAACAAGAUCCGGCUAUGAUUGCGCCGUAUUUGUGUAAACAACAGAUAAUGCAAAAUCCUAGUCCGGGGAUGCGAACCGGUGUUUAUUAUCGUCUGGUUCUUCGGCAGUCGUUGUUUGGCCGUGGCUCAGGUAGCAAUAUGAAUUUCGGUGGUACAAUGCAACGGUCGAGUUUCUUUGGUCAGUCGGCGACUAAGGCAUGUCCAAGCACGUCAGAUUCAUACGUUCACUGCGACCAAUCGAGUGAUUAUUUCCUCGACGAAAUGAUGCGAUGGCUCAUGGGUAUGUCGUCGUGA